AAAAAAAUUAUUUUUAUAUCGAAGUAAAUUUGUUUGGACUCAGUUUCAAUUUAGCUCCUGAAAAAUUAGUAAGGUUUUUUCUUCGAGCUAGUAAAACAUUAGGGUUUAUUUUCGACAAUGGAAUUAAAGGACAUGAUGACUCCACCCAUCAUAUUAGGCAUUUUAUCGGCAGUUUUCUGCACUGUUUUUAUUAUGGCUGCAUUCGGUUUGUUGGUCCGCGUCAUUUCCAUCAUGAAUCUGUUCAUUGUGAUGUCCUUGUUCGCGAUUGGUGUGCAAUUUUUCGUUUGCUUGCUUUUUCUGUUCCACCCCACAUGCUAUUACCGUGCGCUCUAUAAGUUCCUUCUCUAUGCGUUAGAUCACUAUUGCGAAAAUGGCUGGAAGAUUACGAUGGAUUUUGUACAAAAAACGUUCAAAUGCUGUGGUGUCGUAAAUCCUAUGGAUUAUAAAAAGGGCGCUGAGUACGAGUAUGACGAGCGUGUGGAACUGCCAAUAUCUUGCUGUGGAAAUAUAACAGAUACCGAUCCAAUAACAUGCAAUCUCGAAUACAAUAUUGGGUGUAAUGACGUAAUUGUUGACUUAAUUGGGAAUAAUUUGACCUGUGUAAUUGUAGCUGCGUUUGCAAUUAUAGUAAUUCAGAUUUUCUUCGUGAUAUUCCUUUGCCAACUUUCCCACUUACGUCGUCCACGUACCCGUCCUAGACGAUGUAUGUACCAUCGUGCCAACAAAUAAUUCAGAUGGCGAAAUAUUCCUUUACAUUUGUAUAUUAUUUGAUAAAUUAAUUAAAUUAUGAACGCAUAUUUUUGGUGAAUAAAUUUAACUUGUUUGUUGCUUACUUAAAAUUUAAAA